AUUUAGUACCUACCUACGUACCAAAAUUAAAAAUAUUUAAGGAGCUAUACAAAAGUUACACUCUCUUAAGUUAGUAGACAUGACAAUUAGCUUAAAUUUUGGCUGGAAUAGUGUUUGCUCACAAACAAAACAUGAAAUUUGGUUGUAAAAUCUUGUCCUAUACAAUGGCUUGCACUUUAUAUUACAGGCAGAAUUAGGAAUAAGACCUCCAAAUGGAAAGUAACCAAAAUGAAGAUGAAAAUGCAACAGCCUUCAACCAAAACUAUAAAUUUGACCGUCAAGUCUCCCUCCCCUAAAGAGAUUUAGCAUUUUUGUCACUGAGAAGCAUGUCUCUUUUACUGUUUUUACAGAAUAAAGCAGGAUACUUGCAAAGCAAAAGUAGUGAUCAAAAAGAAGAUGGCACAUAAAUUACUACGCCCUUGUACAUAUUCCACUUUCUCUUGCUAUUUAGCCACUUCCAUAUUGACACACAAAGGAAAUAUAACCUCACUUCCCUCUAAACAUAACCAAUAAUUUUCAAAAUGCCCAUUAAAUACAUCGGAAAAUCAAUUGAUUUCAAAGGAAAAACAUUAUGGGAAAUACUAGGCAAUUUGAAAAACUUUGGUGUGGGUCGAUUAGUAGCAAGAAACAUGUUCGAGAGAUAUCCGGAACCGUCCUACAUAAAAAUCAUGAAGGUGGAAACUGUGCCGAAUCCGGAGACAAAUACUCCCGACGAUGUUAGAAAGGUGAGAGUGUGGGUGGAGAAAACCUUCCGCGGACGUAAAUCGCCCGAACUAGUCGAGAUGUUCGCGAAUACGUACAAGGCCGAUUAUAAACUUAUACCCAAGUGUGAGGAGGAAGACUACUGUAGGUGCGACAAUCCUAAAGUUGAGUACAAAGUACUACCGAGGACGACGAGUUUUCCACCUUUAUUAAGAGAGCUCAUUGUGCGUGAGAUGAAAGAGAAAGGUGAAGUCGUCGAGGAGCCGCAAUUAACAAUUGUGUAUAACAAAAAUGAGGACUCCCGAUACAGAGCCGCUGAAGGUGAUGAAGUACCUACGGUGGCAUUUCAAGAGAGCUUCGGCAAAGCAGUUACUUCAACAUUAUAACGUUAACUUUGCAAAAUAUUUAUUGUUUUUAGUUUGUUUUCUUCGCGUAUAAUCUGAAAUUGUUUUUUUAGAGUAUGUUAUUGACAUAUUACAUUGUAGCACCUUCCA